UGCUGUGGUAUGUUUGCACGUCAUGUUUUUGUAGCGGCAGAAAAAGGAGGAAGAAAGCCCAGACGGGCCACUUGAAGCCACAGCCUCCGCUGACAUCACAUCGUGUCAUAUCAUGCCCCAGUGAAGACGCACACAGUUCAGAGCCGGCCAUGGAUUUCAAUCAGCCUUUUUCAGUCCUCAAUGAGAAGCUGAGACCUCGAGUCACCACCAGCGAGCAGCUCUACUCCUCUCUGACCAGGUUGGAGGGCAGACAGCUGGGCUCGCUCAGGAACAAAUAUACUUAUUACCGAGCAACGGUUUUGCCAAGAGAACCUGAACCAAAUGCCACAACAAAGACAGAAGAUCCAGAAGAGUCUGUAGACGAGACAGAGAAAGAUUACUCUAAAGGAAACACAGGUAAAAACACAUGCCUCAUUAACGAAUUGAAUUUGAACGAUAUCGGCGAAGAUGAGCUGGGUGAUGAAGAAAGCACCUCACAGUCUGACGAGAAAGACAGCAUGGGUGAGGUGGCCUCAGAGGAAGCAAGGGACUCUGAAGAGUUGGGGUCCAAUGAAAAUACAAACUCUUUCCAGAGGGACUACCUAGAUGGGACCCUACCAGACCUGCUAAACAGUGGCAAGCCGCUCAGCAGACGCAGAACACUGGGACACUACUCAGACACGCUUAAAGAAGUACGGCGAGAAGUGGAGCUGUCCCGCAGACGAAGUAUCAAGCUGAAGGCCCAGGUGGACAAACUGCAGGAAAGCAGAGAAGGACAGGGCUGGAGUCAACACAAAGAUCGGGUCACAGAGGAAGUUUUGUCUAUUCUGAGGCUGCUGCACCCGCUGACAGAGCCAGAGUCCAGCCAGAUCGAGCCGCCCGAUGGGGAAAACCGCCUGGACGCCGCUCUGGCCCAGCUGCAGAACGUGGCCCGCAAACUGGCAAUCAGCCACACCAAACAGGAGUCCAAACCUGGAGGAAAGGUGGCAGAAGACAGUGCAAUUCUCCAGCAGGCGCUGCGGGACAGAGAUGAGGCCAUAGAAAAGAAAAAGGCGAUGGAGGCCGAGCUCCUGCGGAGUAAGACGGAGAUGAUGACGCUGAACAACCACCUGCUGGAAGCUGCACAGAAACGUCUGGAACUGUCGCUGGAGCUCGAGGCCUGGAAGGAGGACUUUCAGCUGAUCCUCCAACAGCAGGUGAAGAGUCAGCAGCAGGCAGAGCAGAACCAGAAGAAGCCCUCUCGCAUGGGCCUCCUGAGGAGGACGAACAGAGCACCCAUGCAGCGGCCGACCAACUUCCCUGUGGCUGGAGCCGCCACCCCCGCAAACAGCUCAAACCAAAACCCCACCUCCAAGUCUGCAGCAUCUGCUGCUCCGGCUCCCAAAACGCCCCCUACCAUUGGCAGAAGUAGCAACUGGAGGGACAAGCUCAGGAUGGGCAAGAGCAGUCGUCAAGGAGACCAGGAUUUAGCGAGAGGAACGGAAGAAAACGAUGGCUUUCAGGUCGUAUCGCUCGACUGAAGUAGUGAUGACUUCGAAUGACUUCAAACACUCGUUCUGCUGCAAAACUCUGACGUGUAGCUCUUUAGAGUUCCUCCACAGUGAAAAACACGCUGCUUCUCGUUGCCGUUUGAGCCUCACUGCACCGUUUGAAACUAAAAGACUGUUUUCACAUUGAUCUCCUCCUCUGCUCUUACUUACAGUCUUAGUUUGGACAGGAUGAUGUGACAGCUUGUCAGGAAGGCAGCCAUGCAGCCAUAAACAGCUGAAACAAGUGUGAUGCGAAAACGCUCCAGAGAACUGGGUCUGGAUUGAAUAAAGGGACAUCUCUGUUACACUUCUGCAAAGAACAAUAAUACACAUUCUAUUGCAUAUUGCAAAUUCUGUUUGAAGGAGUUUUUAUAAAGUCACUGAACUUUUUCUGUGCAAGAACCAUCAUGUAUUUUUUAAUUAUCUCAACAUACCUGGAGGAGAUGUUUCGAUAUUCUUGGGAAACAUAUUUUGGAUCUUGAAUCUAGUGUAAUUUAUGUAUGAAACAUAAUAUGAAGAUAUGUACUUAUUAAAUACUGUUAAUCUUAUUCAGUUUAACAAAUGCUGUUGUUGUAAAUUAAUUAAAAUCCUAUUCAGUUCUUAUGCUCUUUAAAAAGCACUCUUGGUGUCCACCUUCAGUUUAUUUUAAGUCCCUUUAAAUAAUAAACUUUAUAUGUGGGUUUUGCUUCAAGGCCUGAAAAGUGAAUUAGUGUUUUGAACAGCAAGGGUCCACUCCUCUAGAUUUUGAAUAAAAAGGCUGUGACUGUAAAAAUCUGAGGGACAAUUAAAUCUCAGCUACCUUUA